GUUAACAUGUGAGCAAUGUACACCGCCGUGUCGUCUUUGUGUGUUGUCACACAGCAGUAAACACGUGUCAUGCACGUCGCCGUCUCGUCUUUGUGGGUUGUCACACAGCUGUAAACACGUGCAUGUACGUCGCCGUGUCGUGUUCGUGUGUUGUCACACAGCAGUAAACACGUGUCAUGCACGUCGCCGUGUCGUGUUCGUGUGUUGUCACACAGCAGUAAACACGUGUCAUGCACGUCGCCGUGUCGUCUUCGUGUGUUGUCACACGGCCAGCACCAGGAUAUAACACGCUCCAAUCACUUUUAUGCGUCGUCUGUGGUGUAGUGCGUUACACGGCUACAACCAGGAUGUAACACGUACCGUGCCGUGUAUAGAUACCGCGCGUUGUUGCACGGUCACCAAUAGGAUAUAGCGGAUGCGAUGCGCGUUGCCGUGUAGACGGUCACACGGCGCGUGCGAGGCGUCGCCCUACAGCGUCCGGGCUUCAGUAUGAAGAAGCAGAACGUGAGAACAGUGACGCUCAUUGUGUGCACGCUCACCUACCUGCUCGUCGGCGCCGCCGUCUUCGACGCACUCGAGUCGACGAACGAGCAGCGCGAGUACGCGCUGCUCGUCGAGAUCGAAACCGAGUUCAUAGCGCGCUACAACGUCAGCGAGGCCGACUACAAGACACUGGAGAUCGUCAUCAUGUCGCUGAUACCGUUCAACGCCGGCAUUCACUGGAAGUUUUCCGGUGCCUUCUACUUCGCGACGACCGUCAUCACGACGAUUG